UUAUAACCGCGUUUAUAAGCAGGUUUAGCACCACGGGACGGUUUGUGCAUGUUUAUUUCCUUUUCUGAUGCCAAAAUAACGGAAUCGUGCAGCCACCUAGCUUUAGCGAGCUAGCUAAUACAUAACAGUUAUAGGCUCAUUGAUUCUGAUGGAACCGCUGUUAGCCAGCCAGCUGCUGCAUGCAUGAGCCUCUUAAUAAACUGAAAACAGCGUGGAAAUACAACAACUGAAGCUCAUCGGAUCAAGCGCACAGAACUAUGAACAAUGCAGAAACAUCUACUAGAAAGCACGCAGGUUCACAAGAUCUACAAACCCCCAAAAACGAGGACGCUUAUGAGAUUUCCAUUCCCUUCGAGGAGAACAACUUUGACCACCAAGUCUUUUACAACCACACCGAUCAGAACUUCGACGGUAAUGAUCCUCCAGCGCCGGCCAGCUCGUAUCUGCUGAUCACGAACCUGCGCACACAGCUGCAGAUCUCUCUGGAGAAGAACUCCUGGCUCCAGAAACGCAUCGAGGACCUGGAGGAGGAGAGGGACUUCCUACGCUGUCAGCUCGACCGCUUCAUCUUCUCCACCAAGAGUCAGGAGAACAACGGUAAUGAUUCUCGCAGUUUCUCAUGGCGAAGGCGGCGAGAGAGCGACCAAGAUCCGCCGGCCGAGCUUCAGCAUCCAGCGAGCCGCCAGCCGUUCCCACAGAGACCCGCCAAGCAGCCCCCGGCCAACGCCGCCGCCAAGGUCCUGAGCGCCGCUGCCGGUCCAAUCGGUGCUCAGAUGGGUCCCCUGUUCGGCCCCGCCCACUCCCAGCCCCGCCUCCACGGCCACGCCGGUGGGAGUGGCAGCAGCGCUACGAACAACAGGGCCGUCAACAACAACAGAAGCGUGAACAGUCUGCCGGAGUCUCUUUCACUUCUGGGAGAGGAGGAGGAGGAGGAAUAUUUAGAGGACAGCUACCUGGAGGAGGAGGAGGAGGAGGAAAUGAUGCCGGGAGAGAUGGUACCCGAAAACAUGGGUCUGCGGAACAUGGCGGCUUCUGGAAGGAGCGCUGGGGGGCAUCCUGGUCUGAAGAGGAGGCGAGUGUUUAGGAUAGCACGAGGGCGAGAGAGACAAAGAGUGAAAGACGCCGCCGGCGUGCUGUUCCGCUAUAAGAAGAUCCUGGUGACGUACCAGCGGCUGAAGAACAUGUCCAAGGCCUUCCAGAUCCACGGUGUGGACCGCAACACGGUAGCCUCCACCACGCCUAUCGCAGAGCUGCUACUGGUGGCUCCGGAGAAGCUGGCCGAGGUGGGCGAGUUCGACCCGUCUAAGGAGAAGCUGCUGGACUACGCACGGCGGUGCUUCAUCGUCAUGGACCCCCAGAACCGCAGCAAAGUGCAGGCGCUGAAGAAAAACAACCUGCUGCUGCCCAUCUCUUACAGGUUAAAAGGAGCCGAUGGAGUCUAACGGACCGGAAGUGAUUUUUUUUCACCGUAUGUUGAAGUUCUAUAGAACACGCCUCCAUCCACCACAUCGACCUCCAUCGUGCUGUUCAGAUCAGGUGCAGUCUGGAUCGAGCCCCGCUGUUCUGGGGUGUUCUGUUACCUCUGUGUGUCACCGUACACACACACACACACACACACCAUGAUCACAUUAUUAUCCGACAUUCGUGUUUUCUGACUGUACACCACUUUUUAUAUGACGUCACAUUAAGGUGAAAUCAUUUUACUCACCUUUACCCCUAACAUGAAACCUGUGCUCCGUCCAUACACAAAACCAAACCUCCCAGCACCGACAUGAGACUCAAACAAUUCAGACGUCUGCCAGUCACGACAUCUCCAGUCAUGAAAGCGAGACCUAGGACACAUUCACAUAAGAAUUAGUGGCGCCUGCCAUGGUGCUCAAAGUUCACCUGAAAGUUCAACUUGAACGAACAACGCUUAAUCCCUAGUUCACACUACACGAUUUCUGCCCUGAUUUUCGCUCGCCGACAGGUCGGAGGCACAUCGGUGUUCUCUCGGGGUGUGUACUGUUCAACACUCGCAGACUUAAGAAAGAUAUCUAGCGUGCUAAAUAUCUGAAUCUGUCGCCGACUCACCAAAUCAUGUAGAGUGAAAGGUCUUGCGAUUGAUCAGGUUGUGAUUGUUGUUGUGAACGCAAGAUACAGAAGGGAAACCCGGGGGGAGGAGGAGUGUAAAUGUAAAUAUGUGGAACGGGGCAGAAUAUAGUGUCUAUCAGAAUACAUCAGCACACACACAAGCUUUACAGUAUCUGUGACCUUAUCGUCCACGCCAAACCAUCAUACCAACGCUGCAUUGCAAACAAUAUUUAUUAACCUCCAGCUCACUACAGAACGGACGAUCCCUGCUGGUUGCUGGUAGCCAAAUCCACUCCUUCACCCAGAUCGCUCGCUUUAUUCUGGACGUGCAUUUUUGGACGUGGUAUCAUUAAACCCCUCGUCACUUCUCGCGUGUUUUCGUGACUUAACGUAGUUUGGGAGAUCAGACAGACUCGUCUGAGAUUCCUCCCGACUUAAAACACUCCUGAUUACAAGAGA